UUCAACCUUCUCCUCCUUGCCUCUUCUCCUCAAUCACAUAUUUAAACAUUCUCCUCUCCAGUUCUUUUUCGCGAAGGACGACACCUUCUCCUCCCUUGCUCUUCUGCUCCAUCGAAUACGCCUUCUCCUCCUUAGCGCUCUUCUACUCGAUCGACGACGUAAUGAUCUCCUCACGACAAGGCCUCUUAAGAGUCCGUGAAUUUACACUAGCUGAGAUUAAGCACUAUGUGGAUCCAGAGGACAAGUCUCAUCCGAAAUUUUUUGAUGUUCCAAAAUUGGAGUUUCUGAUGUUCCCAAGAGAGGAUCAGGUGUCUGGAUGCUCUGCAAGGAGAAUACCACUUGGUGAAGCAGUUGCCCAGGGCAUUGUUAACAAUGAAACACUAGGAUAUUUCAUUGGGAGAGUGUAUCUCUUUCUUACUCAUCUUGGUAUUGACAGAGAUCGAUUGCGGUUCCGUCAACAUCUUCAAAAUGAGAUGGCACAUGCAGACUGUUGGGAUGCUGAAAUUGACUGUUCUUAUGGCUGGAUAGAAUGUGUUGGUAUUGUUGUUAGAUCUGCAUAUGAUUUGCAUGCACAUACGGACAAAAGUGGUGUAUCUCUUAUUGCACAUGAAAAAUUACCAGAACCCAGAGAAGUGGAGGCCAUCAUGGUUUACUUUGUUGAUGGUUCUUCAUUCAUAAAGAAGGGCUUUGGAAUCAGCAAGCCAAAACGGUCGUUCUUGCUCUCCUUAGGAAAAGACAGAUAGAGAUAGUUGGAGGAAGCCAGAGGUGAACGAUGCUCGGCCUUCCAGGUUGGUGAAGCAGGCCUUUCUUUGAUUCUAAUUGUUAUCCAUAUUUUAUAUAUACUACUGAUAUUGUGAUGAAUUGCCAUGUAGUUUAGUUCUUAGUGUAGUUUCUUGC